AUGUCAGCACCAUCCUCCUCGCCUUCCGCCCCGGCUGAGGGUGCCGCGACGGAAUGCGAUUUUCUGUCUCCGGAUGCGGGGCAAAGGCCGCCCGGUCCGACGCCCAGCCAGAGCCGGUUCCAGGUGGACCUUGUGGCCGAGGCAGCGGGAGCCACCGAAGACAAGUCCCCGAGCUCCGACGCCUCCACCACUGUCCCAUCCAGCGAUAAGGCCACUCCCGCCGGUCCUCCGGAGGGUGAUCCGGGGGCCGGGGGAGAGGAAGCCAAAGGCCGGUUUCGAGUGGUGAACUUUGCGGAUCCGAGCGGAGCAGGGAGCCCGGACUCCGCGGAGGCACCGCCGCCGGAGGGGCUCCAGAACGGGGACACGGUGAUGAGCGAGACCAGUUUGCAUUCGUCCACGGGGGGCCAGCAUCACUACCAUUAUGACACCCACACCAACACCUACUACCUGAGGACUUUUGGCCACAACACCAUCGAUGCCGUACCCAACAUCGAUUUCUACCGGCAGACAGCAGCGCCACUGGGGGAGAAACUCAUCCGACCGACCCUGUCAGAGCUGCACGACGAGCUGGACAAGGAACCAUUUGAGGAUGGGUUCGCUAACGGGGAUGAGCUGACGCCGGCUGAAGAGGCUGCCGCAAAGGAAGCAGCUGAGUCCAAAGGAGUGGUGAAGUUUGGCUGGAUUAAGGGGGUCCUGGUUCGCUGUAUGUUGAACAUCUGGGGUGUGAUGCUCUUCAUUCGUAUGUCAUGGAUCGUGGGUCAGGCUGGCAUCGCUCUCUCCUGUUUGAUCGUCUGCAUGGCCACCGUAGUGACCACCAUCACCGGCUUGUCCACCUCUGCCAUCGCCACCAAUGGAUUUGUACGAGGAGGUGGAGCUUAUUACUUAAUUUCCAGGAGUCUGGGUCCAGAGUUUGGAGGCUCCAUCGGUCUGAUCUUUGCCUUUGCCAAUGCAGUGGCUGUAGCCAUGUAUGUGGUGGGCUUCGCUGAAACAGUAGUGGAACUUCUUGCUGGUGCAGAUGCCAUCAUGACAGAUCAAAUCAACGACAUCCGAAUCAUCGGCACCAUCACUGUGAUCCUCCUUCUGGGUAUCUCAGUGGCAGGAAUGGAAUGGGAGGCCAAGGCCCAGAUCUUCCUGCUCAUUGUUCUCAUCACGGCCAUUGUCAACUUCUUCAUCGGAACCUUCAUCCCUGUCAAAGACAAGGAAUCUAAGGGCUUCUUCGGCUAUGAUGGUUCAAUUAUGUGGGAGAACAUGGGUCCGGAUUUCCGUGGAGAAACCUUCUUCUCGGUCUUCUCCAUCUUCUUCCCUGCAGCCACUGGCAUUCUGGCUGGAGCUAACAUUUCAGGAGAUCUAGCAGACCCGCAGCUGGCCAUUCCCAGAGGAACUCUUCUGGCCAUUGUCAUCACAGGAAUUGUCUACCUAGGUGUUGCUGUUUCUACAGGUUCCUGCAUUGUGAGAGAUGCCAGUGGAAGUAAUGACACAAUCUCCUCUGGGUUCACAAACUGCACUGGUGGUGCCUCCUGCAAUUUUAACUAUGACUUCUCUACUUGUAAAGCCAGCAAAGAUGGCUGUGAAUAUGGCCUCCACAAUGACUUCCAGGUUAUGAGCCUGGUUUCUGGUUUCGGGCCUAUCAUCACUGCUGGGAUCUUCUCUGCCACUUUGUCCUCUGCUCUGGCCUCUUUAGUCAGUGCACCCAAAGUUUUCCAGGCCUUAUGUAAGGACAACAUCUACCCUGGUCUGGGCAUGUUCGCCAAAGGCUACGGCAAGAACAACGAGCCCCUGCGAGGUUACAUCCUGACCUUCGGGAUUGCUCUGGCUUUCAUCCUUAUUGCUGAGCUGAACACAAUUGCUCCCAUCAUCUCUAACUUCUUCUUGGCAUCUUAUGCCUUGAUCAACUUCUCGGUGUUCCAUGCCUCACUGGCAAACUCACCAGGAUGGCGUCCCAGCUUCAAAUACUACAACAUGUGGGUUUCUCUGGCUGGAGCCGUUCUGUGCUGUGUGGUGAUGUUCGUCAUCAACUGGUGGGCUGCUCUCCUCACCAACGUCAUCGUCUUGGGUCUCUACAUCUACGUCAGCUACAAGAAACCUGAUGUGAACUGGGGCUCGUCCACCCAGGCAUUGACCUACCACCAGGCCCUGACACACACUCUGCAUCUGAGUGGAGUGGAGGACCACAUCAAGAACUUCAGACCCCAGUGUUUGGUGAUGACCGGUUACCCCAACUCGCGCCCUGCUCUCCUUGACCUUGUCCACAGCUUCACCAAGAACGUCGGCCUGAUGAUCUGUGGCCACGUUCGCACGGGCUACAGAAGGCCAAACUUCAAGGAUAUUGCCACAGAGCAGGCGAGGUACCAACGCUGGCUCCUGAAGAACGAGACCAAAGCCUUCUACACGUCUGUGUUUGCCGAGGACAUGAGGCAGGGAACACAGUACCUGCUCCAGGCUGCAGGUCUUGGCCGUCUCAAGCCAAACACUCUGGUUCUGGGCUUUAAGAACGACUGGAGGGAUGGUGACAUGAUGAACGUGGAGACCUACAUCAGUAUGAUCCAUGAUGCCUUUGACUUCCAGUACGGUGCUGUUAUUCUGCGUCUGAAAGAGGGACUGGAUGUGUCCCACAUCCAAGGACAAGAUGAGUUGCUUUCCUCCCAGGAGAAGUCAUCAGGGAUGAAAGAUGUGAUUGUGUCCAUAGACACCAGCAAAGACUCAGAUGCUGAUUCAUCUAAGCCAUCCUCCAAGGCUACCAGCCUUCAGAACAGUCCUGCCAUCCAGAAAGAUGAUGAAGAUGAUGGCAAAGCCCCAACUCAGCCCCUGUUGAAAAAAGACAAGAAGAGCCCGACUUUACCGCUGAAUGUGUCCGACCAGAGGCUGCUGGAGGCCAGCCAGCAGUUCCAGCAGAAACAGGGCAAAGGCACCGUGGAUGUGUGGUGGCUGUUUGAUGACGGAGGUCUGACCCUGCUGAUCCCAUACCUGCUGACCAACAAGAAGAGGUGGAAGGACUGCAAAAUCCGCGUUUUCAUCGGAGGCAAAAUCAACAGGAUUGACCACGACCGCAGAGCGAUGGCCACUCUGCUCAGCAAGUUCAGGAUAGACUUCUCCGAUAUCACCGUCCUGGGAGAUGUAAACACCAAGCCCAAGAAAGAGAAUAUGGCUGCGUUUGAGGAGCUGAUCGAGCCGUAUCGGCUGAAGGAGGACGACAUGGAGCAGGAGGCGGCGGAGAGGCUGAAGAACAGCGAGCCCUGGAGGAUCACCGACAACGAGCUGGAGCUGUACCGCGCCAAGACUAAUCGCCAGAUCAGACUCAAUGAGCUGCUAAAGGAGCACUCAAGCACAGCCAACCUCAUCGUCAUGAGCCUGCCAUUGGCCAGGAAGGGCGCCGUGUCCAGCGCUCUGUAUAUGGCCUGGCUGGAGGCGUUGUCCAAGGACCUGCCGCCAAUCCUCCUGGUGCGUGGAAACCACCAGAGCGUCCUCACCUUCUACUCCUAAAUGCACACGGAGAAGAAAAAUCCACGUUUCAAAGUUUCACAUCCACUUUCUGCCUCUGGGAGCAGACCCACAUACAGUACACAUCCCAGUUCCAGUCCAACCUUAAGGUGAACCACAUACACUCCAGAGACGAUUGAAAACACAGCCACUGAUGGAAACCGCGCUGGUUAUAAAGAUGAAGGAAGUGAUAUUGGUUGAGUCGUAGCCCUACAUGUAACAUGAGGAUUGCCAGGUCGGGGUGGGGGUUGUUGUAUGGUUGCCCGCUCUGCUCCUUCCUUUCUAUUUAUUCCAAGAUGUCUGGGUUUUUCCUCUCGGUAGCGCUAGCUUCUUCUAAUUUCUCCCCUGAAAGUUUCAUGUUUGUUGAUUUCUCUCAGGCUCAGUGCACAACAUUCAUAUUCUCGUUGAUGUCAAAAAUGAAUUGGACCAGAUUUUGUGUUUGUGAUGCAGCAAUAAUCACCUUUAUUUCUUUAAAUUUUGGGAGAGAACCUUACAGAAUGCUUUGGCAACACCUUCUAAAGCCUUAUGGAUGUGCCUUCCAGUUGAAUCAGAAUAAAUAAUUAAUCUCUAUAUAGAUUGACGAUAUUACCUAUUAUAUUGGUGGAUAGUUUUAUUGAGUUUUAAAUGUGAAUCCUUCUUAGAUGGAGCAUUGUAUUUAUGCGAGUGGAU